AUCUUGCUGUUUUUUAAACAAUGAAGAGUACUGCUGCUUUACUGUUUUCAUUUGUGGCUUCCCUUUAUUUUAUUGAAUUACUUGCCUCAACAAAGACCAAUUCUGAUCCUUAUCAUUAUCAACAAAAUGCACCAAAUCCAGAAUUGGUUGGAAAUCAUUCCCCAAAUCCAUCACUCAUUCGUCACUAUGUGAGUCAUAAUGUUAAUCCUGAACCUGCAAGCUCUGAUGAGUCACAAGCCAGCAAUGAUGAGUCUGUUCAACCGCAUCAGCUUCCUGCUAUUUCACCUCAGCGUCCUGUCAAUUCGGUUCACCGUCCUGUAAAUUCGAAUCAGCGUUUUGAUACUCUGAAUCAGCGUCUUGCUACUCUAAAUCAGCGUUAUGCUAAUCUGAAUCCGCGUCCUGAUAAUCGAAAUCAGCAUCCUGAUAAUCCGAAUCAGCGUCCUGCUUUUCAACCACCAUUUAAAAAACUAAAACCAGGAUUCAAUCUGAUUGGACCUUCAGUUCAUCCACGAAGUCCAAGCAGUGGUUCUCAAUCAUAA